AGCUUUUGAGACUCAGCAACAGCUCUGGAGAAAUGUCCCCUGUGUAAAACCCUUGUUCCUGUACCAUGUACCACUCUGGCUUUGUGCCGCGGGAGUAUUACCCAACCGUGAUCCCACCUUCUGCCUACACCUGCCCACCGCUGCGGACUGGGAGAGCAGAAAACAUGACCAGCUCCGUGAUGUUCCCUCCCAACCACAUGCACAACUUCUACAGCCGACCCAUCACCUUUGUGGUGGACCGGAAUGGCUACCCUGACUAUGCGGGAGGUCAGAUGGAGUAUCAUCAUCUCUACAGUGCCUCCAAUCCCUACUUCUGUCCGUACUACACCUGGCACUUCCCUCCCAUGGUCCCCAUCCCUCUCUACAAUCCCUAUGCAAACUACAGUCCCUACACUGCAUACCAGAGGGCUGAUCAGUAUCGAGACACAUGGCCAGAAGGCUUCACGAUGAGAGGGGAGCUUCAAUGGGGGAAGCUCAGAAAGGUAUUUGGACCAAGGAAAGACCUUCCAGAGUUUGUGAAGGAUGAUCUCCGGAGGGUUUAUGGUACCUACCCACAGACCAAUGUCUCCAUAACUUACCGGAAAGGGGAGUUCUUGGUCAAGGGAGACCCCAAGGUAGGAGAGCAGGAAUAUGCAGUAGAAAAAAAAGUCAUCCAGCGGGCUGUGACCCCCAGUGCCAGCGAGGCAGAUGACAGUGGUGAGGACCGGAACCGUAAGAAGAAAAAGAAACUAAGACGUUGA